GGAGCAGGACGGGAGGCAGCGGCUUCAGCGUGGCCUGGCCACCACUCCACCGUGUCCUCAGCCGAAUGGACAGGGAGGGGGAGCAGGACGAGAGACAGUGGCUCCAGUGGCAGUGGUGCAGUCCAGCCGCCGUCCUCGCCGCGUCCUUAGCCAAAUGGGCGGGAAGGGGGAGCAGGACGGGAGGCAGAGGCUCCAGUGUGGCCUGGCCGCCGCCCCAUCGCGUCCUCAGCCAAAUGGGCAAGGAGAGGGAGCAGGACGGGGGGCAGUGGCUCCGGUGGCGGCGGCGCAGCCCGGCUGCCGCCCCCGCCGUGUCCUCAGCCAAAUGGGCGGGAAGGGGAACAGGACGGGAGGCAGCGGCUCCAGCGGGCCUGGCCGCUGCCCCGCUGCAUCAUCUGCCGAACGGGCGGGGAGGAGGAGCAGGAUGGAGGCAAUGGCUCUGGUGGCAGCAGUGCGGCCCUGCUGCUGCCCCCGCCGUGUCCUCAGCCAAACGGGUGGGAAGGGGGAGCAGGACGGGAGGCAGCAGCUCUGGUGGCAGCCACUGUAGCAUCAUCGGGGGUCCCUGCCACCUCCAGCUUGGCCACCGCCCCCGCCACAUCCUCAGCCACUUUGACAUCACAAGAGGAGGGCGCCAAGGCUGGGUGCACCAUGGGCGCUCGCGCCAGCAACGGGGAAUGCUGCUGCAGGGAUGAGGGAGGUCCUGACCCGCCACCGCCCUCGCAGCCCAAGGUCUCCUGCAGCACCAAGGGCAGCGGCAGGACGGCAAAGGGGCACGGCUGCUCGCUCACUGCCACCUCUUCGAGCUCGCUCAGCUCAACUGGCAGCAGCGGGAGGACGGCCAAGAGGACCACGCAGCAGGUGGGGAAAGGGUCGGGUGUCAAACCCCGCAAGGCCGACCCAUCCGGGCCAACAAAUGGCGGGGCGCAGGUCCAUUGCCGUUUUGCGGCCAUCCCUCACAUGUUAUGGCUCCAUCGCCACCCAGACGCCUUCCCUGAAUCCUGACCUGCCUCCAGGCCUGUCGCUGCUGCCAUAACACUCGCCUCAUGGGGCCGAUACUCACUGGUGGGGAGGAGGCUGUCAGCUAUUGUCGUUCAUUGCUGGAAGCCGACUGGGGUCGCACAACCAACGAAUGUGGUGUCUAGAUGGACACUCUGGGCUCAGCUGCUUUGUGUGAAGAACAAAGCAACCCUGCAAGGCAACAGAGAGCAACUGUACGGGACUAAGGGACGUAAAUGCUCCAGCUUACUCUAUUUUGUUUAUUGAUGCACCGGAUGAUGGCUUCAGGGGUGGGGUGGUUUAACAAGGGUGAGGCCGGUUUCCUGAGGGUGGGACAGGCGUGCGUUGCCUAUGUAAGGCACUGGGAGCAAUCCACUCCAAGUGCUGUCUUUUUUUUGUAUGGAGUAAAUUAAAACUACCAUCAGUCUUUCAUUCCUGCUUGUUGGCUUGUUAUUCGGAGCAUCAAAAAGGACGACUUUGACAGUAAGACAGCACUCAUUAUAUUCUUUUGUUCGCAUUAUCUGGUUCCUCAUGAGUGCGGGAGAUGGCAGAGGGAACCCAAGGGAUUGUGACAGAGCAGGAGGCUACUGAGCUGGUGGUUCAACCGCAGCAGACCGCAGCAGAGGCAGGGGGGGAGCAGCCAGUAGUAUGGCCCAAGGAAAAAGGCCCAGCAGCCUGUGGAACCUGUGGGUGAGUCUCAGCAGACAGGCCCUAUGGUGUCUUCUGGGGAAUGGUGGCUAAGCCCUGCCCUGCAUCGCCCAGAGUCUGGCCGGCUGCAUGUGUCAGGACUUGGGGGAGGCCCUCUCUGGCUGGAGGGAGAGACGGGUGACUGGAGAUGAGGAGGAGGAGCGGAGCUACUCUACAGCACCGGGCCAAUAUACUAUGGACAUCCUUCGGGACCAGUUUGGAGAGGCAGGCUAUUCGGAGCCACCACCCCGGCCCAGGGGUCCCAGCCGACUCAUCAAGGUUCCAGCUAGCCAGCCCAAAACUUCGUAUACCUCCUCGCAGUGGCUCUCUCCAAGCAGGGGCGCCUGGGGUGGGUGUUUCAGCUGCACAGUCCCGGGCUCAAAGGCAGGACCUGAUGGAUGCUGCCUCAGGGACAGUGACUACUGGGCAUCAUGGGUUGGCUCCUGGUAGUGGUGGUUCUGCUCCCAGAGUCGGUGGUCAACCCAGGGUUCAUGUGGGGUCCGCUGCCUAUUGCAGUUCAUUUUGACGGCAACCCAGACUGUAUAGCAAUGUUUAUGAGCCACGUUAUUAGCCACCCUGGACCGGUUUGCCUCUCUCUAUCCGUCUAAUUGAGCAAUGGUGGUGGCCGUGCUAGCGAGCCUGCAGGGCGAGGCUGCAGCCUGGGCAGCGGACAUGUAUAGUGACCAUGUCGGGGAAUUAGCCGACGCUGGACUCUUUCUGGCUGCGUUGUGGGACAGAUUUGAAGAUCCCUCCUGGGUCCAGCGUGCGGAAGUGGAGGUAAUGGGUCUGAAACAAAGGGGACGGCCCAUACAGGAGUAUGUGUGGGAAUUCCAGCGAGCAGCGAGCCAGUUGCGUUCAUGGCCAGAAGACUUAUUGGUCCACCACUUCCGGAUUGGUUUGGAUAAAGACCUACGGCAAGCGUGUGUGGUAAGGGGUAUACCAAACCACCUCCACGAAUGGAUUCGGGUGGUAAUUGAUUUGGACAUGGGAUUGCAGGAAUUCCGGAGGGCCAUAGAGGAUCCACUCACCCCUAGAUGAGCUGUGGAGCAGCCAAGGGAUGACAGUUGGAAACCCCAGGGUCCUGGGCCUGCCUUUCGACCUGUGUUCAGAUGUUUCAGGUGCAACCGACCCAGGCAUCGGGCAGCAGUGUCCAGUCCUUGUGUCGCAGGGCAGUCAAUACCGUCCAGCAAACCGAGCUCCACACCCAAGAAGACCCCGGAACGGUCACGGGUGGCUUGUCAAGCGGAGGGGGUUUCGCUCCAACGAUCCCCGAUUGAAGAGCUACCGGCCGCUGCUGAAGAACGGUUGACGGAGUAUGGCAACAUGGACCCCGCUGACGACCCCAUGGUGUAAGAAUAUUUCUGUAUCUUACUGGAAUUCCUAUUGGAUGCUGCCCUCUGAUGUUUGUGGAAAGAACUGCUUUUGGGAAGCUGCCCAUAGAUAUGAUUUUCCAAAGCCUCAGCUUUCUGAGAGGAUGCAUUUGGCGGUGGUAGCCUGUGGUGAAAGAUUGGAGGAAACUGUUACUAUGUUGAAAUCAGCUAUUAUUUUCAGCAUCAAAAGUCUUCAGUUUCAUAUUUUUGCUGAGGAAUCAUUACACAGUGACUUCAGAGAAAUACUUGAUAAUUUGGCACAUAAUGAAAAAUUUAAUUAUACUCUCUACCCCAUCUCAUUUCCAACUGAGAAUGCAGCAGAAUGGAAGAAAUUAUUCAAGCCCUGUGCUUCUCAAAGACUUUUCCUACCAUUAAUCCUCAGUAAUGUGGAUUCUCUACUGUAUGUUGACACAGACAUCUUGCUCUUAAGACCUGUUGAUGAUAUCUGGUCUUUCCUGAAAAAAUUCAACUCUACUCAGAUUGCUGCUAUGGCACCAGAGCAUGAAGAACCUCGUAUUGGGUGGUAUAAUCGCUUUGCUAGGCACCCAUAUUAUGGAAAAACUGGAAUCAAUUCUGGAGUAAUGUUAAUGAACAUGACCCGCAUUAGAAGAAAAUAUUUCAAGAAUGAUAUGACAUCAGUAGAAUUACGUUGGGAAGAUAUUCUCAUGCCGCUGCUGAAAAAAUACAAGUUGAAUAUAACAUGGGGAGAUCAGGAUCUUUUGAACAUUAUGUUUUUUCAUAAUCCUGAAAGCCUUUUUGUUUUUCCUUGCCAAUGGAAUUAUCGGCCUGACCAUUGUAUUUAUGGGAGCAAUUGCCAGGAAGCAGAAAAGGAAGGAAUAUUCAUUCUUCAUGGAAAUAGAGGAGUUUACCAUGAUGAUAAGCAGCCAACAUUUCGUGCUGUUUAUGAUGCAAUUAAAAAUUAUUCAUUUGAAGACGACCUUCUACAUGCAUUGCUUCUACCUCUUGAACAGGAAUUACAAAAGACACAACAUACGUACUGUGGAAGAAUAUACAAAGUGUUCAUAAAACAACUCACAAAAAGUAUAAGGGACCUUAGUAUCAGAAAAACUAAGGAAAGCCAGCAUGGCCAUACUGGAGAACAUCGGGUACUAAUAUGCAACAACAUACAACUAAGGAACUUCAUGGCAGAAUAAAAAGUUUGGAAUGGUCAUGUUCAAUAGAUCUUCAUAUAUUUCCCCUAUAUUUCAAUAAUGGACCAUUAAAUUAAAGUGAAUUGUUAUGUCAUGAAUGUGUUUUCAAAUUUCCCACAGUUCUGAGCACAUUUUGCUAUGUAUCAUAGAGAACAUAAAGCCUAAAGUAUCUUAGAUGCAAAAAAACAUCCUAUAAUAAUAAAGUGGCAAAACGUGGCUGGAUUUUUAUGUUUACCUGAGGUUCAAUUUGAUACACAUAACUCUCAAUACAACUUUGAUGAUUGAUUUAGUUAUUAAAUCGCUGCAAAAUAUGUGCUUAUGAACUAUUAUCUUAGAAUUCUUACAGUUCACUAAAAUCUACUUACAUCCUAGCCUUAUUUAGGCAUUAUGAUAUUUAGAGUGCUUAACACUGAGCUCCCCAUUGUAACUCACAUAGAUCUAAGAUGUCAGUUUCUGGACAUGCUAGCUUUUCUUUCCUGUAAUGGAAAUGUAUAGUGUCUGCAUGGAAACUACAUAAUGGGCAGUCUGGGUACUUUACCAGUGGGUAAUAGUGGAAUACUAAAUAAAGAAUUAGAACUGAACUUCAUUUUA